AUACUGAUAUUUGCUUUUUGUCAGGUCUCUUCAGUCAGGCAUUGUUGCUUAACAACCAGCUAGAGUCUAAAUGGAACGUGGAAUGUUUGAGUAGUUUCCUUGGUAACAGCCCAGCAUAAAAGGAGCAGUUAUGCUGGAUACUAUGUGGCGCUCAUAAGAUAGGCAGAAUUUUAAAAGGCCCUGUGCUUUGCCUGUGACCACAGGCAUUUUGAAGUCAGCUUUGCCAAUUGGGUUCAUAGCAAUACUAAGCGAUGUGGUAGUGGCUGCACUGGAAGCAUAUCUCUGGCUGCAGAAGGUACGUCUACUUAAAGCUUAAGCCAAAUAUUCUGUGACUAACAUUCUACAUGGCAAACAGAAAGCAAAAGAACGAUCUUGUAGAUCUCUUAGAUGGAGUGGAAAAGGCCCACAAAGCUGAAGUUCAACUUUAUACUUCAGGCCACCUAAAUGUUGAUAAGCUUUUCAAGCCCAAAAAUGUAAUGAAACACAACUACUGGGAAAGUGCCACAAAAUCUGCAUUCAUACUCAGAAAAAGAUCCCAAAUCACAGCACCCACUCAGGCCUCCCGGAAGACAAAGGAUACUUUGGUUAGCUUCCGUGACGCUGCCCCACUGACUUCCACACGUGCCAAAUCUGCUUCCCUUUUUUAUCGCCCAUCUUUGGCAUCCAAAGUCAGCCCUAGAUCUCCAGCAAGAGCUUCACUAGGUGCUUCUUCAUUCCACAUACAGAGAAAGGCAGCUACUCAGGAGACAAAGGAAGCAGCUGGCAUAUCUCAAAAGCCACGUAUAAGGGAAGAGUUAGAUGUUCCCGAGAUGAAAAUGUUGAAAUACAAACCGACUCUCAACAGUCGACUUUGUGUCAUGGAGGAGACUAAAGACGAAUACACCUUCCUUCCUUCCUACUUGGCUAGUGUGACCAAAACAGACCAGUUCCACAAGUUCAUGCAGUUUCAGAAGAAUUUUAUUGCCAAGAAGGAUUUGCUGGACAAUGACUACGUUGGGAGCAAGUCAGCAGAACACCAUGAAAAGAAGUUGGCUCAGGCACUCCGGAAUAUCUGUGACUGCAGUCGUCCACAUUAUAACCGCUUGCAGGCUGUUGGUGAUGUGUUUGAAGAUAUCUGCAACAGCUCCUUAAUAUUUGGUGACAUAUUGAAGGAAGUGAAAAAUGAAUAUGAGCUCUACAUGGUGAUCCUGCUGGAUUCUCUGCCUACAAUGCAAUACAGGACCUUACAGAAUGAAGUCAAAGGCAUGGAGAAGAGGACAGUGAAGACUCAUGAAAUUGAAGAGGCCAGGCAUGAAAUACAGCUUCUUGUAAAGAAAUCCAAAUGGGCCUUAGAGAGAAAUGAAGAACUCAGAAAUGAGCUAGAAAUGGAACUGUGGGUGAGCCAGUCUACUUCAGAUGUAUCUGAAAAAGAAUCUGACCACUUAGUGGAAGGUGAGACACCUCUUUCCAGUGGUGAGCGGCUUGCCUCUCUGAGAUGUCAAAUUCUCAUCAAGUGGGAGGAGAUUAAAGCAAAGGAAAAAGAAAUUAAAGACACCAUGGUUUUUGCUGGCAUUGCAAACAUCAAGGAGAAGACUGUUAAAGAAUUAGAGGUUGAAGCAUCGAAACUCAAUGCAUCUAACAAGUUCCUAAGAAAACAAAUAAAGGAUGUUGAACAUAAUAUCACACUUGUAUUAAAGAGGCAGAAGAUUAGCACAGAUAUCCAGCAGAAUGGAGGAAGCCCACACAGCCAAUUCCUGACACUUUGCAGUCUCCCAGACUGCAAGCAUGAUUAUCUGGGAGCACGGUGGGGGACUCAGAGACAAACUGCAGGUCCACUGGCCCCACAAUUAAAGGUAUUUGUGGGACUUGGUGGAAGGUUUCUUGACACCCGAAGAGAAAGAAGACCCUUUGGAAAAUGUAGAAGCAUCCUUCUGUGCCUCUGAGAUUUUUCACUGAGCCAUUACCAUUUGUGUUUCUAAGAUGGGAAUUUCAUUGUGAAAAAAUGAAUGUUGAGAGCUCUUAGAAACUGUGUUUUCUAUGCUACUUGGAAAAACAGAAAGAUGUCUCUGUUUCUAUGUGACCACCAUAUAUCAUGAAUUUAUAGAAUGAUAUUUCUGUUUACCCUUUAAGGGAUGGUAAUGAUUGCUAGUUAUAGUUUUGAUACAAAAUCUGCAACCAUAUUUGCAGUUUAUUUUGGCAAAUUUGGUUUCGUAGGUGCCAUGAUUAACUGAAGAGUUUCAUCACUUUUUAUAUAACAAGUAAAAGGAUUUGAAGACUGAAGAUAUUGUCAGUGAAAAAUAUGAACCAUUUUCUACUUCAAAGACAAUAAAGUCCAUAGUAAUCUUCCAAACUUUUCAGUGGUGGUAGAAAGAGGAAAAUGUCUUUGAUUUUAAAGAUGUUUUAAUUUCUUUUAUUAAAAAAAGAUACUUGAUUUAUUCCUUAAGAUGUCAUUACAUGUCUCUCAUAAAGUGUAUUGACAUACCUAUUGUUUUUGUAAAGAAGAUCUUGUGCUGAUGUACCACUGAAUAUCCGCCCACAGUUUCUCGUGGAGUCUGAAUCAAAUGUGCAGGUCUUCAUUAGAGCCCAAAAGAUCAACGCCUAUUGAUUAUUAUUUUUUAAGUACAACCAAAUUGGUACACAAUUAUGUUUUUGCAGUACACCUGGUACUGUUUUUUCUGCUCACUGAUAUCCUGUAUAUAGGCAAUGAAAUUAAAAAAUAAUAAUUUUCUGC